AUAUUCGUGUUUUCUUAAAUUGUUUUCUUCAAGUUUUCUUAUUCCUUCAUCAAAAAAAUAUUUGACAGAGAACUUACUGAAGGAACCUCUUAAAAGAAUAUCUUUUUACAGUAUUAAAAAAAUGCUACAAAGUUAGCAAGUGUAACGUUUUCUCAUAUUGUUUUGAGACAUAAAUGUCCACGUAUUAAAUUUCAUUCGAUAUAGUAAAUUAAGAAAAAGGAACAAUGCCUCAACGAUUUAACAUAGACCCAUAUGAUGAAGAAGAUGAUCUCAAUUCAACAGCAAAUCAGCCACUAAUACAAGAUGAAGAUCAUGAUCAAAUUCCAGAUGGAAAAUUUCCGAAAGCUCGACAAGUCUUUGCAAUCGUCGGAUUUUGUGGUUUUGCAAUUGUUUACGCUAUGCGAGUAAAUCUUUCGAUAUCAGUUGUAUCAAUGGUGAAUCAUACAGCAAUUAAUGUUGACACAAAUCAAAGUAUCACUGAUGUUUGCCCAAUUCCAACUCCAACGAAUACGUCAACUCCCACGAGAGAUGGCGAAUUUUUAUGGGAUGAAUACUCACAAGGUAUUGUCCUUGGAUCUUUCUUUUAUGGAUACGUACUUACACAAAUUCCAGGAGGAAGAUUAGCUGAGACAUUAGGGGGAAAACUUGUAUAUGGAGUGGGAGUAUUUAUAACAGCUCUGUUCACACUUCUAACACCUAUUGCAGCGAGGAAAAACCUUCCAGCACUUGUACUAGUAAGAAUAUUUGAAGGAAUAGGAGAAGGAGUUACAUUCCCUUCCAUGCACGCAAUGCUUGCUCGUUGGGUGCCAAAAACAGAGCGUUCACGCUUCGCUGCUGUUGUCUAUAAUGGUGCAAAUUUCGGAACAAUUAUUUCUAUUCCACUUACUGGAUAUCUUUGCUCAAUUGAUUUUAUGGGAGGCUGGCCGUUAUCAUUUUAUAUUUUCGGUUUAUUAGGAAUAUUUUGGUGCUUUUUCUGGUGGUGGUAUGUAUUCGAUACUCCCGAAUCGCAUCCCAGAAUAUCACAAGAAGAGCGCCUUUACAUCGAGAAAAGUCUCCGGAAUCAUGACGACGAAUUAGAUACUGCUCGAAAUAAUGAUCCAGUUCCUUGGCGGGCGAUCGCAACUUCAGCUCCAAUGUGGGCACUUCUUAUUACAACAUGUGGACAAUCAUGGGUAUUUUAUACACAACUUACUGAACUUCCAUCGUACAUGAGUAACGUUCUUCACUUCAAUAUUCAACAAAAUGCAAUUUUAUCAUCACUUCCGUAUCUAACUUCGUGGAUAUUCGGGAUAUUCUGUUCGAUAUAUGCUGAUUGGCUGGUCGAAAACGAAUACAUUACCCAGAAAAAUUCACUUAAACUUUGGAAUUCUGUUGCUUCAAUAGUUCCAUCAAUAGGAUUGAUUGGCAUAUCAUGGGCAGGUUGUGAUAGGAUUUGGGUUAUGAUAAUGUUAAUUGGUUUGGGCGCCUUUAGUGGUGCUAAUUACGCUGCAGCACAAAUGAAUCACCUAUUUUUAGCACCGAGGUAUGCUGGAACUUUGUAUGGGAUCACAAACGGCGCUGGUAACUUAUGUGGAUUCCUAGCUCCGUACUUCAUUGGCUCGAUGAUAAAUGGAAAAGAAAAACUCGAGACGUGGAGCAGAGUGUUUUACAUUGCUGCUCUCAUAAACAUUCUUUGUAAUUUUGUGUUUAUUGCUUUUGGUGAUGCAGAAGAACAGUCUUGGAGUAAACGAAGAAGUCGUGAUGAAUGAUUAAUGCUUCAUCUUGAUUGUUAAUCAUUAGUUUCUGUUUUUUAAAAAGGUUUACUAUCUUCGAAUUUUAAUAUUAUGUUUAGAUGAAAGUCAAAAGCGUCACAAAUAUCUAGAAAAAAAUUAUUUACACUUUCUUAACCAAAGUUUCAGAAUUUACCUUCAAUUAUUUACGGCACAAUACUUAACCAGUGAAAUAAGCUUAAUUAAAUUAUGUGAUAACUUGUUAUCAUUCUUAUUAAGCUUCUCCUUUUUUCGGUAUCUGAGAAACUGUGUUAAGUCUUCAAAGCUUAACUUUCUUUUCUUUAAAAUGACCAAACCACUAAAGACAAUGCAAUUUUACCGCACGAUAACUAUUAUCGAAUUACUUAAAUCUUUUGUAACUUCAAAUUAAGAAGGCAAAAACAUUUAUUUAUUGUAGUCUAAUAACUUGAAGAAAUGUUAUAAAAGAAAAUAGGUAAAAAUAAAUAUAAAUCUUUAUUGAUGUUGUUGAAUUCGUAAAUAAA